GAAAAAGUGUAGCUCGACGCGACGCUCGCCGCCGGUCUGAUUAUAUUUUCAAUUUGAAAAUAUGCUUCCGCAAAAAAGAUGUGAUAAAUGAAAUAUUACGCAAUAUGAUUAUUAGAAACGGUGAUAGAUAUAUGCAGUUGAGGGUUGCAUAAAAGUAAACGUAGGUGAUUUACAAAGACUGAACAAUUCAUAAUGACACAAUUUGAGGUACCUCCGCUCUCGACAAUUCCGUCCGAUGAUCUCGACGACAGCAAUACCGCAUUUAAGAUCAUAAAUCAAGACAACUUGCCCAUUAUUAUAGGUGAAUCGAUUUUCAAGCCAUUUGGAAAAGAUGGCCAGAAAUUUAAACCGAACGGUAUCGUGUUUCCGACCAGGCGGAUAACUGGUAACUUGGAGGACAAUCGACUGAAACAUCUAACAAAAUCGAACGGGUACAUCGAUGCACAGAACGUACUAAAUUUGCAUAAAAACGUUAGCAUAUCGCACGGUAAUUUGAACCACUGCAAUAGUGCCGUAAAGGAUCGGACGGACAAACACAAAUUGCGAUCGUUGGAUAAUACUUUUACUAAAGCGUUGGAUGCCAAAUUGAGAAAGUUGCAGAAAGAUGACAAGCAAACGGCGGGAAUGAAAAGCAAAACCGAUACUCCCAGAAAGCCGUUUAUCACUACGGUCAAAAAGGGACACUUCUUGGAUCCACCCCCUGAAAUCGCGUGCUUGUUCGGAUUCAAAGUCGAGCCCGUUGUUAGCAAAGAGAAAAAAUUGUACGCGUAUGCGAGCCAACCGAGAGUUCUGCACAAAGCAGUCGAUGAGGUGCACAAGUCAAAAUGCGAAGCCGCCUCAAAAGCUGCGAAUUGUUUAUCUUCUCCGGCCCUCACCAGGACACAACGCGGUGAACACGUUACCGAUUUCAAUGGAAACACUUCUAGAAGCCAAGGAGAUGCACCUGUUCCAUAUGCAAACCUUAUGUUCGAGAAGAGAGUUAUUCGCGGAAGCAACUUUGCGCAUCCCAUGCAAACGCUGCGAAAGUGGAACCCCAACUUUGCGUACGCAAAACUUCUAUCAAAUGAUACAAGUGAGGGCGAAGCAGAGUCCGCAGCUUCUAGAGCGGCGGAAGCUAGAAGAAGAGCGCUCGCUCGUAGAAAGGCGCAAAAACAGCAAAUUCGAGGCGCUCAAUUACGUAUAGGAUCACCGCCACCAGUUCCAGGACGAAAACACGAGCCGGUGCAGACAGAACUAUAUUUAGAGGAAAUUUGGAGUAACCCUCCGGUUAACGAUACGUGGACGCAGACUGACCUAUUCUUAGAGCGGCCCAUAUCUCCUUUCUACGUUCCGGCAAAGACUGGAGCGGAUGUUGCUACUCAAAUAUACCCAGGAGACUUGUUUGACUUCGAUAUGGAAGUUCAGCCUAUUCUUGAAGUACUCGUGGGAAAGACGAUAGAACAAGCGCUCAUAGAGGUUUUGGAAGAGGAAGAAUUGGCAGCGUUGCGGGAGCAGCAGAGGCGAUUUUUGGAGAUACGAGCUGCCGAGACCGCCGAAGCGCAGAGGUUGCAAGAGAGAGAGCGUCGUCUGCAGGCGGAGAAGCAACGGAGAAUGCUCGAAUACGAGGAGGGGUUACAGUACCAAAAAGAAAUGGAGGAAAGAAUAGCUGCCGCGGUCUUAAUGCAAGGGUACAUGGCCGAUUUGUUACCGUCCGUUUUAGAGGGAUUGGAAGAAGAAGGAUUUCUGGCGGACAACGUUAAGAAAGAUUUGGACGAAUCGUUUAUGCCGUGGUUAAUGAAAGAGGUUACUACAGAACUGCAGGAGAUGGUUAGCAGUCGGGAUGUUCUGAUAGACAUCGUGCGCGAAAUUUUGGAAAAUCGCGCGGAAUUGUAUAAAGCACUGAACACGGAGAAACUUGAAGAAGAGGAGGAGGAGGGAGAUGAAACUCAACCUGAUAUUAGUUUAAUUGAGCAUUUAAAGUUAAAGGAAGCACUUGAAGGCGACACAACGACAACCUAAAAUUGUAGUAAAAGAUGAAGGGAAGGGCAAAUGGCAAAAUUAGAAAUCUCGUUUUAGAAUUUUUCGUACCUAACGCAUUUUGGACGACAAACAGCACCUUCUCACAACAUUCUGUUAUGAAUUUACUGGUAUAUGUAUUUAUUUUUAUUGAUACCAUAUUAUGUAAUAUUCUUAAUAAACAUUUU